AAGUAAGUGUUACAUUAUAACACUUUGAGGAGCACAGAAGACGAGUAAAACACUUACGGAAAGAAUGCCUCAUUACAGACUUUCGAACUGCAUCAAAAGAUUCUUCAACAUUUACUCGUGUAAAAAAGAAGUUCUGAAAAUGGGAAAUAGAGCCAGCCAUCACGUAGUCGAGAAAGAGGCGGACUUUGAUGAAUUAUACGUGGAGCCGUCAACGCCACUUACGGAAUCAGAAUUACGUGCUAGACAAAUCAAUCCAGCCGAACAUGAAUUCCCGUUCGAAAACAUUGUGUUGGAGGGAGGAGGCAGCAAGGGGAUGGCCUAUUGUGGAGCCAUUCGUGCCCUCGAAGACAUCGGUUUGUUUCCACAAAUAAAGCGAUUCGCUGGAACAAGUGCCGGGGCAAUCAUGGCAGCCUUGCUGACAGUUGGUUACACUUCACAUGAUGUCGAGAAAUUCAUGAAGAAUGACAUGUCCAAGAAUUUCAUGUUAGAUGGCUCACGUGCUUGGAGAAUAUUGACUUUCUUACCGAGAUUCAUGUUCGGCUAUGGAUUAAGUCCAGCAACACAUGUGAACGAUUGGCUCGGUGAAAAGCUCCGGAACAAAACAGGCAGUGCUGAUAUAACUUUCGAGCAGCUUUACAACAUGUGUGGGAAAGAACUUUGCAUUCUGGUUACAAAUGUUAAUAAUAUGGCUGCUGAGUAUUGUCACCCAAAAACAACACCGGAUAUGCCUGUUAGACUGGCUGUGCGCAUGUCCAUGUCUAUUCCAGGCAUGUUUCAAGUGGUGAAGUAUUCACCUUAUUCUCACUUACCACCCAACAUGUAUAUCGAUGGAGGGAUUCUGUGUAACUACCCGAUUCACUGCUUCGAUGGCUGGUGGUUGUCUAUGAAGCCAGAAGAUACAUUUGUCCAUAAAAUGCGUGACCUCAAUGAGUUGCCUGCUAUUCUUAGUAAGGCAUCCAGAUUUGGAGAGCGGUCAGACAAAACCCUAGGGUUUCUUGUGUAUUCCGAGGGUGAAGCUGACAGCUUCCGGUAUUAUCUUGAGAAGCGAACACCAGUACAAUCAAGAUUCAGCUCUAGACUUAGCAGUAUGCGAAGAACAGAACAGCGUGUGAAACACAGAGAUCGGCAACGGAUUGUGGCAGCCGUCAAUCGCCUUUUGCCCCUUAUGGAUCAAUACGAGGAGAACCAUGAUGGGAAGAUUAGUAGACAAGAAUUCCAAAACAUAUAUGACCAUUUUUCGGAGGAAGACAGAAAGACAUUGUUUGGUGAUGAAGCUGAAUGUGAGGAAAUAUUUAAAAGGUUAGACAGGAACGGUAAUGGUGAGGUGACCCUCCAGGAGGUAGGGAAAUACAUAGAACAGAGAGGUCUUGCUGUAAACCAAAGAUACCUAGGAUACCAACGCCAGGAUGUCACCAGCAUCGUGUCAUAUGCCUCCACCAUAUUUAAUACCAUGCUCCUUAAUCUCAAACGGUUAUAUAUGGAGUAUGAUGACCUUGAGCGGACUGUUGGAAUAAAUACGGGACAUGUUGAAACCGCGGACUUCGACCUUGAAGAAGAAGACGUUGGCUUUAUGUUAGAGCAAGGAAGAAAAGCAACAAUGGAAUUUCUACAAAUGUAUGUGGUGAAAAAGAAGAAGGAAGAAAUAGAAGUCUCUGCUUGAGAUCCUGACAUCAAAAAAGAAGAAUAAACGAAAGUUUCACGGACUUGAGAAAACAUGUUUGAACUAUAGUGUACAUGUAUAUCAGAGUACUUGCAGAUACUCGACUCGUGCCGUUAUAAAGCGAGUUCAUAUUUUAUUUAGUUUAUAUGAAAUUCUGUAUUGUUUGGGCUUUAAACUAUUAGUUUUACCACAGUCGAGACAGGUAAAGGUGAUAAACCAAGGUAAUGUAACGUAUAAACCUACCUCAGACUGCCAAGCAAAUAAAUUUGAAACAUAUGACUUAAUUAUUUUCAAAAGUUCAAAACCCAAAAUGUUUUAGGGUAAAAUACCAGGCAUUGAUAGAAUAUAAUGAAUUCCACUGAAGGGAAGGGAAAAAUGCGAGAAAGAAGCAAAAACGGUAUUCUGGCUAAGAAAUAUGUCUACCAUUAUAGGUAGAAGACUUCAAUUGGGACACAGAACUACUUUUAUUACGACCUGAUUUUUUCAAUGAAUCUGAAGUUAUUAUUACAAUGACGAUAGUGUUACACAAUGGUAGAAGAAAAUUCUUUCUCAGAAAAGCACAUCUUUUUAUGAAAAGAUGUUUAAUGAAUUGGUAGAAGUUACAGAAUUAGCAGAUUUAAACUCUCAAGGUGAUAUUUAAAACCCCUCAAUAUAAAUUAACUCAUAUUUAAUGGAAAAUAAAUAUUUGACUUGUACACUUAUAUCUGAUUCUGUAUAUAAUUCUACAAUGAUAAUGACAAUAUUUUUGUUGAUAUUGAAAUCAUUAGCCUGUUGCUUAUUAAACUGUAUGCUGUGUAUUAUAUCAAAUACUUCAAUGCAUAUUCAUCCAGACAAUGUUCCGCAAUCAAUUUUGUCUUUAUCGUUUUUUCUUACAUAAACAGUUUUAUUACUUACCUUAAAUCCUUAAAUCUAUGCUUACACAUUCUUAACUAUUUUCCUCUCAUGUAAGAGAAUGCAUGUUGUUCAGGAGAGUGAUUUAAGUGCUUUAACUCCGACACCUCCCUAUUUGUUUGGUGCAAUA